CCCGAAAGCGACGGGAGGGACUUGCUGCUGCCCUGGCUGGUCACAACCCCCAUGAACGGCGGCUGCCGCGGCUUAGCGCUCGGGUCGGGAAGGAGGACUGCCUCUGCAUGGCCCCCGGUGUUGAUAUGACUACUGUACAGCUCGGGGUCAAAAUCGAGGAGUCUCCUGCGUCUGCUUUCAGCAAGCCCAGCAGCUGCGUCCAGGCGAGCGCGGCGGCGAUGGGCGGAGAGGAGGAGUGUGACAAGCCCAAAGUGUCCCCCCCAUCCCUCCUGCCUUUCAGCGUGGAGGCGCUCAUGGCUGAUCACAGGAAGCCGGGGGCCAGAGAGAGCAUCGCCAGCAGCCCCGAAGGGGCAGUGUCCCUGGCUGCUGGGACUUCCACUCAUCAGACCCUCAGUCCCAGGGUGGGAUCCUUAUCGGGGGCAGCAGAGACGCCGGCUUCCCCGCUACCGAUCAACAGCCAUUUUUCUGUCGGGGGACUAGUAAAAUUGUCCGAAGAUGCACUUGUCAAAUCGGAAAGCCCCGAGAAGCAAGAGAGGACGGCCUGGAUGCAGAACCCCAGGUUCUCCCCACCUCCCCCUAGGCGGCUGAGCCCCCCGGCCUGCACCCUGCGCAAGCACAAGACCAACAGGAAGCCUCGCACCCCGUUCACCACGGCGCAGCUGCUGGCCCUGGAGAGGAAGUUUCGGCAGAAGCAGUAUCUGUCCAUCGCCGAGCGAGCGGAGUUCUCCAGCUCGCUGAGCCUCACCGAGACCCAGGUGAAGAUCUGGUUCCAGAACCGGCGCGCCAAGGCCAAGAGACUACAGGAGGCCGAGCUGGAGAAGCUGAAGAUGGCAGCCAAGCCCAUGCUGCCCCCGGCCGCUUUCGGCAUCUCCUUCCCUCUGGGCGGCCCGGCGGUGGCUGGCGCUUCCCUGUACGGAGCCUCCAGCCCCUUCCAGCGGGCAGGGCUGCCUGUGGCUCCCGUGGGACUGUACACGGCUCACGUGGGAUACAGCAUGUACCACCUAACAUAGAGCGCGGCGGGGCGCAAGGAACCCACCCGACAGCAGCCUGGCUGGGGCGCCCCCUCCCUCAAAAGCCAGCGGUCCAGCUCCUGUC